AUGUGUUUAGGUUUUCUUGAUUUCAUUUGCACAAUCUUCAGCUCUGAAAUCUCUGGAUUUUUCUAUAUUGUUGGUGCUGAGUAUUGUAUGUAUCCACAUUUACAAUAUAUUAGUGGAUGUGUGAUCGUUGGUUGCUUUGCUUCAAUCUGCUUAUUGUCGCUCUUUUUGGUGGGAAACAAAACCUGGUUCUACAUCGGCGUAUCGCUUUUCUACGGUUUGAUCUCGUUUUGGAAAGCGCCAUCUGUUGUGUUCAAUGUCGACUACGGAACUUGGUUGUAUCAUCCGUUCAUUCCCGGGAAAAUCGAUCUAGAGAUUCUCAUGCAAGCCAUUUGUGUUUGCUUCUUUACUUUCACUACAACAACUUUAUGGGCGUCAAUGAUUUUUUAUAACCCCAGCAAGCUCAUUUUGCAUUUAGGGCAAUUGAGCUGGCAUUUAAUGCAUGGUGUCCCCUCACUUGUCUACCUCUUGUUGAACAAAACAAUACAACGAAAAGCCCUCAGAAACCUCUCAAAUGUUGUCUAUCGUCAACGAGACGUGAAUCCGAUCACUUCCAAUAACAUCAUUAAAAGCCAAGAGGAGUCAAGGAGUCAAACGGUUUAUCGAAUUUCGGCAAAUCCAUCGGGCUAUCGGAGUCGAGCAAUUGUUGAUUGUCCAUCUGUGAUUUGUCCUCAAUCUAUC